AUGCACCUUCUCGAUUUGCCCAAUGAGCUCCUUGACAGAAUUGUGUCGUGCCUGGAAGAGGAGUGCGACAUCGCAGCCGUUGUGGUGACUAACCGGCAGUUAUUUACCGCGUUCAACUCCACGCUGUACCGGUUCAACGUGCGUUGCAAUAGGGGGACAGUGCUAUACUGGGCUGUUGAGAACAAUCGGCCUGACGCAAUCCAACGCGCGUUGACUCGGGGAACAUGUGUUCACGACCGGGACGUCAUUUCAUUAGCUGCAGAGCUUGGGCGCCAAGACUGUCUCCAGCAGCUAUUUCUCCAUCUCCCAGAUGGUUGGAACAUCAAUAAGAGAGACUCCUCCCGCGAGACUUUGCUUGGCUGUGCCUCUGGGGCUGGCCACCUUUCCACAGUCAAAUAUCUCAUAGAGAAUGGGGCUGCUUUGCAAGCCAGGUCUAGGGGAGCGACCGCUCUUCACCGAGCAGCUGCCAACGGCCAUGUUGACGUUGUCAAGUUUCUGCUCGACCGAGGCGCAGAUACAUCAGCUGAAGAUGAGCACGGACACACACCAUUGCACACUGCGGCUGAGGAAGGGUCUUCGCCAGUGGUCAGCGCCUUUCUCGACCAUGGACUCGAUGUUGACGCGCUCACAGGAGGCGAGCGCUCUCGCACGCCGUUGCAUUUAGCCGCAGAGUGUGGCAAUACUGAGACUUUGGAGACGCUUCUGAAAGCUGGUGCCAACAUGUCUUCCCGGGACUACUUCGACUAUACGCCGCUGCUGCUGGCAAUAGAUUCAGGUCAAAUUCAAGCUGUGGAGGCACUCUUAGCAGGAGGAGCCAAGGUUGACGAGGUGCGCGAGCCGGAUGAUGAGAAGCCUCCUCUCUGUGUGGCAGCGGAGCUAGGGCACCUUGAAAUCGCCGCGCUUCUAAUCGAGCAUGGCGCUGACAUAGAAGCAACAGACAAGUGGGAUAGUCCGCCUCUCUUGACUGCAUCUCUCGACGGGCAUGUUGACAUUGUCAAGUUACUUUUGGGCAAAGGCGCGAAUGCUGCCAAGGUGACCCGCAUGGGGUGGACUGCGCUCCAAGCGGCGUCAAAUGGCGGGCAUCUUGAAGUUGCCAGGCGUCUCCUCGAGGAAGAAGGCUGUUGCGUGGCCCGGGAUGAUGCUAGCCGAUGGUCUCCUAUGCACGAUGCCUCUGCAGGGGGCAACCUAGACGUCGUCAAACUACUCAUGGAGCAUGGACGAAGUGCUUCCAAGGGCUCAGAUCGCACCGGUUUGACGGCAUUACACGCUGCCGCAAGCAACGGUCUCAUAGGUAUGAUUGAGUUCCUCUUGGGUACUCCGGGUGUCGAAAUUGAUGCUCGGGAUCACACUGGACGCACACCGCUCUUCUUGGCCGCCAGGGCAGGCAAGAUCAAGGCUGUUAAGAAGCUGCUUGAAUAUGGUGCGGCUAUUGAUGCAAAAGAUAUUUAUGACGCGUCGCCCAUUUUUGCCGCCGCGAGAAACAACCACCGUUUUGCGGCGCAGUUUCUGCUUCAGCGUGACCCUCAUUUGAUCAAAGCCAAAGACAUAUUCGGACGGACUCCGUAUUGGUGGGCGUCUAGAUUUGGCGGAACGGAACUGAACAGGGCUUUUGAGGACGCGGUCCUGCAGAAUGACAUUCGCGUUCCAUUGGACACUCUCUACAGCGGCCCGAACGAAAGUAGCAUGUUUUCACAAAACCGCGGAUUUUGCGACGUCUGUAUUAUGUGCGUUGAUGAUUGCAAGACGGCUGCUCAUUGCAUAGCCUGCAAGGGCGAUGAGUUUAUGAUAUGCGCCCGUUGUAUCGAUGACGGAAUGGCCUGCCUUGACAGGGCUCACGUCGUCGACAAAUGGGAGAGGCAGGAUGGCUGUUUUGACUGCCGCUCUUCACUGUAA